ACAACAAUUGAAAGCGUCCAUCUGCAUCCGAUUGAUGUAUGACUCCUCCUACAACAGAAAAACUCCAGAGCAGACUCCUCUCUCUCUCUGUGAAGAAGUGGAGCUGCAGCCGAGGGAGAACUCACGCAUUAUUUUUUUGUUUAAGUUUUGGGGACUAUAAUAUAUUCUGAAGAGCACUAACAGCUGCUCUUUCUGAGAGAAGAAACAAGUAACUCUUUUUCUCAGUCCGGAGGUGAGCGCAUGAUGCGGAGGUGAGAAGGUGAAGACAGUGAUGAACCUUUCGUCCUCAGAGCCGGAGGAAGCGUGUGCGCGUGUCCUGCAGGGGCUGUGGGUGCGUGUGAGAGCGGGACAGGAGGAGAUCCUGCUCUCUCCGUACCUGCCCGCGUCCUGCGCCUUACUCACGCACCUCCUCCUCUGCGCACCUUUCCUGGCGCUGGACACGCUGGGCGGCGUGUGUCGGCGGGUCCGCUCCUGGAGGAUCUCCGCGGGCUCGGGGCCUCCGCCGUCUGUCCGCCGCUGGUUCGGCUGUUUUUGGGCCGUGCUGUACCGAUACCUGACCGCCAUCCUGCCCGCCACCGCGCUCUUCCAGACCCUGCGGAGCCCCGCGUUACCGGCGCUGGCUCCGUCCUGCUGGCAGCUCUUCGUGGAGGUCUGCGCGUGUAUUCUGCUGUUUGACUCGCUCUACUUCAUAUGGCACUUCUCCAUGCACAGGUUUCCCUGGCUCUACCGCAACAUCCACCAGCUGCACCACCAGCACCAUGUGCCCUUUGCUCUGGCAGCCCAGGACGCCGGCUCCACUGAGCUGCUGUCUCUGCUGCUGCUGGCUCUGAGCAGCGCCUGGGUGGUGGGCUGCCACCCUCUGAGCGAAAUCCUCUUUCACCUCCUCAACAGCUGGAUGGCAGUAGAAGACCACUGUGGCUACAAUCUGCCCUGGGCUCUGCACAGACUGCUGCCCUUUCUGGGAGGAGCCCCCUUCCACCACACCCAUCACAUCCGACACAAUGGCAACUACGCCCCCUACUUUACCCACUGGGACCACCUCUUUGGCACAUACAUUUCAUGAGUGGUGUAUACACAUCCAGAGUGGUGUUACUGCUACAUGCAGCAGUUUGGGAGUUAAUGGCCAACAUGAAUUGAAGGAUGUGUUCUGUCGAUCUUUCUUUCCUGAUCAGAUGCUCACAUAAUCAUGGAUCUGUAAAGUUUUUACAUUUAAAAAAAUUCAGGACUAUGCCUACGUGUAAUAGAAACUGAAUUUUCAAAAUUGCUCCCUAUAAAGGACUGCAUACACUAUCGUUCCUUGAUAAUUUCAAUAUGUUUGUGGACCAAUCUCAAGUUCCCAAGCAGCGCUUGAUACUUGACAAAUAGGGAAUGCUGACAAUUCAGAUGAACAUCUGGCUUGUUCCGCAGCAAGUGAAUGCAGCUUGUGGUGAGAAGAUAAAACAACAACAUGAACAAAUCAAGACAAUGAAGCUAUUCAAAACAUUCUGUGUGUUUGGAUGGAUUAGUGGGCUUUCAUACUGUUUUUAUGGGCCAAGGCAGCUCAUGUUUGACACAUUUCUCAAACUGGAUAUCAACCUUUCAUUUAUCACAGUAUUUAUUUUGUGCAAAAUCUAAAUAUUUCAAUGGAACUCUCAACAAUGU